AUGACUCACCCUAACUUGACCCCUCCUGCUACAUCGACUGGCACCCCUUCUUCACCCUCACCUACCAGACAAGACUCCGCCUCCCGAAUCGAUAGCAACAGUACAGGAACUUUACCAGUAUCAUACUCCAAAUCCAGUGAGCUUAUCGGAGACACGAGAUUCCUCAAAUACAGACCUGUUCCAUCUAAGAUGCAAAACCGUCUUGGAAACUCACAAGGGUUUUUACCCUCAUCAUCAACAUUCCUUCCCUCCUCAGAGGGUAUGGAUGAAUAUCCAAUACGGAGUUUGGAAUAUGAUUCCCAAAAGGGUGUAUUCACAUAUACAUCCAGAUUCUCAUCCACCAUUCGAGCAAAUACCAAGAUGACUCUCACCGCUCCCAAGGCCGAUGCAUGGAUGAGAGCGGUCGAACACCCCACUUUCCCCAGUGAAGACGACUUGAAAGUGAUUGAAGGUACGAAAGAAGCAAUGGUCAUCCGAAAGAAGAGGGCGUUAGUUGGGGUGAUCAAAGAUAUUUUAGAUAAGCACGGAGUAUCGAUUCAAGAUGCUAUUAAGACUUACGGAGAGUCGUCGGAAGAUAACAAGGAUGAUUGGGAUUGGAAUUUGUAUUUAUUCGCUAAUUAG